AUGGCUCGCAUUCGUCCGGCGUUCGUGCUGUUCGGCGACUCGUUGACGCAGCACUCGUUCAGCGAAGGCGGGUGGGGAGCAGCGCUGCAGAAUCAGUACGCGCGCAAGGUGGACGUGGUGUUACGGGGUUACAGCGGGUACAACACACGCUGGGCUCUCUUCCUCCUGCCCAAGAUCUUUCCCAAGGGUGACACGUCGAUUCCUCCUCCUGCCCUGGUGACUGUUUUUUUCGGCGCCAAUGACGCUGCGCUGCCAGGGAGAACAAGCGGCAAGCAGCACGUGCCGAUUCCAGAGUUCAAGGAGAACCUGCGAGUCAUAGUCACUCACCUGCAGUCGCUGGGUCCCAACGUGCGUGUGGUGCUAAUCACGCCACCCCCUGUGGACGAGGCUGGUCGCAUGGAGUUUGCCAAAGCGAUGUACGGUGAGCAGUGCAUGAAGGAACCAGAGCGGACGAAUGAGGUCACAGGGAAGUAUGCGGCAGCGGUGGGGGAGGUGGCAGAGACGUGUGGGGGUGUACCUGUGAUUGACCUCUGGACCGUGCUGCAGCAACAACCCAACUGGCAGACCCUGCUCAGGUCAGCACGGACACAUGCACACACGCACCCGCACACGCACAGAGUCACUCUUGUGCUGAACGAGGUAUGCGGGGACAGAGGGAGGUGGCAGAGGCGUGUGGGGGCGUGCCUGUGA